AGGAAGAGCAGUUUGUACACGGAAGCAGAACUGUCAAAGCUCCAACCUGGCAACCUGUUAGUUUUGUCUGGAGCUGACAGGAGGAUACACGGAUUAAAUCCGACACGUUUCCUUUCAUUCCUGUAGCUGUUUGGAUCCAGAAUACACAAUGAAGACCGUAUUGUUUAUAUGUUCGGCCAUUCUCUGCUGCUUUGUGGUUGUAGGAACAACUGAUACAAUUGAAACCACUAGAACUGCGGCAAUAACUCCAGCUGCAUCUUCACCAAACCAAACAGCAACCAAUAAAACAGUGGAGGAGGCGUCUCCAGUGGCAAAAAAACAAAGUGUAAUCCAAACUACAGAAGCGCCAAAGAGUGAGAGAAAAACUACUACAGUGGUGACAAAGCUGACGACAGAGAACGAUGAGUAUGAAAACAAAGACGAUGCAACUGUGGAAACCAUGGAAAACGAAGACGUCACUGCAAAUAAUGAGGACAAGGGGGGAAAAAAAGCACCGACUGAAGAAAACGAGGACAAUAGGAUUCAGGAACCAGAAAGCAGCCAUUUCUUUGCAUACCUCGUUUCUGCUGGGGUGUUGGUUGCAGUGCUGUACGUCAGUUAUCACAACAAGCGCAAGAUAAUCGCUUGUCUUUUGGAAGGAAAGAGAUCCAGAUCGACACGUCGAAACAAAACUGGAGAAUACCAGAAACUGGAACAAGAGCCCUAAUCUCAAGGCGUGGAGGAGUACGUACCAAUUCUUUGGACGAAAGGGAGAACUGGUUUCAGACACUCACUCGGGUGUACGGGACAUUUAGUCCACCUUGGGUUCUAUGGACUUUUAUUUUUUUUUUUUACCUGUCAAUAUUUGUUGCAUGACUAUGCAGAUGACAUUUUUGCCUUACAGAAAAAAAGCUGAAAUGAAAUCUAGGUGAAGGAAGAAUGCAGUUUUUGCACUUGCCUCGGGAUGAAAGUGUGGGUUGACUCAGGAUAUUUCUGUUACUCAUCAUAACUGUUUGUUGAAGAAAUAAAAGGAUUGUGAAGGGAAUAUAAAGAAGCCAUCUUAGAAUGCUGGAUGUGUGUAUAAAUGCCAAUUGGUAUAUCCAUACUGAACAUCAUGUGUAAUGUGUCAUUUUUUGUGCUGUCUGUGAACCUCAAAUCAAAUUUUGGAUGAAUAAUCUCAAUUUUGACAAUUUGUGGGUUCCAUUCUUAGGAAAAAUUAGCUGAAAGCUGCAAGUUGAAAAACUGUUUGUCUUUUCUUUUGUUUUUUAAAUGUCGGGUUUGACUGCCUCAUUGUGCUGGAAAUACUUUAUUAGUUACAAAUAAUUCUUUUGGGAUGACCACUAAUACAAAAAAGCAAGCUUCCAUUAUUUGUAGCUUUGUGUGUUUUUAAAUGACAGACUUUUGCCAAAUAGUCAUUUUACUGUGAUUUGCAUAGCUCUCAUAGUGCCUGUUUUGCAACUAUUUAUUUUCCAGA